AUGGGCAUACACUCCUCUCGUCCCCAGAGAUGCGCCAUAUUCUCUGUUUUAUUAUUGUUGCUUUCUAUAUCCCACACCGCAGCUCAUGGCUAUACAAGCAACUCCAAUAGCGUCAGCUGUGCCAGAGUCUCGGAGGGUGAACCAGCUCUUACGGUCGACUGGUCGAAGGCAUUAUUUUGUUCGGAAAAUGCUGUCGAACAUAAGCGGGAAUCCCCUAGAGUCGAGGACAUCUAUCGACCGUCCUGCAACAAGUCCUCACACAGCCUACAGCGUGUUGUUGGGUAUUAUGAAACCUGGACUAUCCGACGCCGAUGCAAUGUAUUCUGGCCCGAGCGGAUCCCCCCAGGCGUUUAUACACACAUCAAUGUGGCUUACGCUGUGAUUGACCCCGACACCUUCGAGGUUAGGCCCAGCCUGCUGGCUGACAUCAAUCUCUUCACAAGACUCACCGAUCUCAAGAGAAGUGAUCCUGAUCUAAAAGUGUUCAUUGCCCUGGGCGGUUCGAUGUACAGUUCCCCAGGCCCUACCGAACACACAUUCACAGACCUAGCGGCCUCUGAAGCAAACCAGACGGCAUUUAUCAAAUCCCUCACGAAAUUCAUGACUGCCUUCGAUUUCGAUGGAGUCGAUCUUGAUUGGCAAUAUCCAGGGGCAGAGAACCGCGGUGGUCGCCCGCAGGACUUUGCUAAUUUCCCCCGGUUCUUGAAGAACCUCAAGGCCGCUCUCAGCCAGACUGGCGGGAGAGAUGGUCUGAGCAUUACCCUUCCCAGUUCAUAUCAAUAUCUCCAACACUAUGAUAUCCAGAGGAUAAGAAAUCACGUGGACUUCUUCAAUGUGAUGACGUACGAUCUGCAUGGUACAUAUCGCAAGGGAGAAGCGUGGAAUGACGAAUCUCUCAACGCACAUACCAAUUUGACCGAGAUCCAAGACUCCCUGGACCUGCUGUGGCAGUAUGAUAUCUCGCCCCAGCAAGUCGUUCUGGGGAUGGCCUUCUACGGAAGAACAUUCCAACUCACGGACCCGUCCUGCAACACGCCUGGGUGCCCGUUCGCUUCUGGCGGAGAGGCACAACGCUGCAGUUACGAGGUUGGGGUAUUGAUGAAUUCCGAAAUUGACGAUAUCGUUGCGCGGAACAAUCUCACCCCUAUUCUCGACAGUAAUGCCGCAGUCAAGAUGGCCACCUGGGACAACCAGUGGCUUGCAUACGACGAUGUCGACACCUUUCAACUAAAGGCAGACUUCGCCCGCAGCCAAUGUUUAGGGGGCCUAAUGGUCUGGGCCGUGAGCCAUGACCACGCCAGCGGAGCAUACUCUCAGGCCCUUAAGACCGCAGCUCGGCGCAAGUUCGUCGCUCUAGCAAACGAUGCUACGGUAGACGACACUAUCUUGCCAACGUGA